CCCGGAACAGGAUAGUCACGUGUUAGCGGGCAAAACAACAGUUGUCGCCAGGGAAGGCAUGUGGAGGGUUAUACGUUAAAAAGGGUAUUUGUAUCUUUUAUUCACAAAUUCUCACGUAUUUCUAAUUUAAAGGAAGUGGUCGGUGUAAUAAUAGAAUUGUAAAAAUGAAAGGUAAAUGGAAGCAAAUUAGUAAAAAGAAAAAGGGUAACGUUGUCUUACAGAAGUACAAAGUUGCCUUGGAGGAGUUUGUUAAAAGCAAAAGUUCCUCGGACAAUGUGGACCACAGCAGCGAUUUUAAGUAUGUAAAAAAGAAAAGUAGGAAGGAAUUACGCAAAGAAAAGCGAAAACUAAAAAAGGCUAAAAUGAAAAGUCAUUAUGAAGGCAAAAAAGAUUUGACACCCCCACAAGUUGUUGGUGAAACUCCAGUUCAAGAAAAAAGGACUCCAAAGAAGAAGAAUACUAACAAGUUAAAGAAAGAUUUACCUGACACAUCUUCGAGCAAGGUUUUUGUCAACAAACAAGAAAGUUUCAAAUCAUCAACCACUAAGAAAGCCAAGAGGACAACUAAACUCCAGGAGACGAGAAGGCAGGCACUUUUGGAAGCCAACGAACAAGAGGACAGGGAAAUUAAAAAGCUUGAGCGAUCACUUGGACUAAACAAGAGAAAAAAUAAGAAAUCUCUUCCCCAGUCCUUUGUGGCAGAUGGACUAGAUUAUGUUCUGGGUGUGCUUGACUCUGGCUCUUCUGGUGCUGCAAUGUACGACAGUGAAGAUGACAUGGACAUGGCUAAGGACAACUUCUCAAAACUGGAAGAGGAGGAAUCCGAAGGGUCUGAUGAUGAACAGCAACUAAGCAGUGAUGAAGAGGAGGGUCUUGGGUCUUUGAAUGAUGAAAAUGACAGCCUUGAUGAAAGCCUGGAUGAAGACAUGGGUGUUGACAAAUCAGAGGGUGACCAGGAAGAAAGUGAUGGAGCAGAGGAAGAAGAGUCAGUGGCUUCAAAAGCAGAAGAUGAGGUGGAGACUACUGGCACUGAUAUGAUGGAGGAAAACACAGAGACACCUUCAACAAGCAAAUAUAUACCACCUCAUCUUCGAAAUAUGGGGGAUGAUAAACGUAAGGUUGAACUGGAAAAACUGAAGAGAAAUGUAAAAGGACUAAUAAACAGGCUUAGUGAGCCAAAUAUGGCAUCCAUCAGUGGUCAACUGGAGGAGAUGUACAUGAGUUGUAGCAGAAAAGAUAUGAAUGAUACACUAACAGAAGUGUUACUAGCAGCAUGUGUCACACCCUCUCUGAUGCCUGACCGGCUGCUGAUGGAGCAUGUCCUGCUUGUCAGCAUCCUGCAUCACGCUGUUGGCCUGGAGGUGGGGGCACAUUUCCUUGAGACUGUUGUCCGAAAAUUUGAUGGCAUUUAUAAAAGCCCUUGUGAGGGAAAGGAGUGUGACAACCUGAUUGCCAUUAUUGCUCACCUGUAUAACUUUCAGGUGGUGCACUCCCUCCUGAUAUUCGACAUCUUGAAACUCUUAGUUGAUGCCUUCACUGAAAAAGACAUUGAGCUUGUCUUGUUUGUUUUGAGAAAUGUUGGCUUUGCGUUGAGAAAAGAUGAUGCUCUGGCUCUGAAGGAUCUUAUAACGGAGGCCCAACGUAAGGCUACUGACGUGGGAACAAAGUUUAAGGAUCAGACCAGGGUGCGUUUCAUGUUGGAAACUAUGCUGGCUUUGAAAAACAAUGACAUGAGAAAAAUUCCUGGCUAUGAUCCUGAGCCUGUGGAGAGACUCAGAAAGUUACAAAGGACCCUGAUCAGUCGAAGUGCAAGUGGCAGUGAUACGAAGCUGCGUGUGUCCCUGGACUGUCUCCUCAGAGCAGAGCAGGUCGGCCGCUGGUGGAUAGUGGGCUCGUCUUGGAGCGGAGCCCCAAUGAUCUCCAAUGAUGCGACUGCAACCACAAAAGAGACCUCAAAUGUUGGACAAUUUAGUGCGAAAGUUUUGGAACUGGCCAGGAAACAGCGGAUGAAUACUGAGGUCAGGAGAAACAUUUUUUGUGUGUUAAUGACUAGUGAAGACUACUUGGAUGCAUUUGAGAAACUCCUGAGGAUGGGACUGAAGGACAAACAGGAGAGAGAGAUUGUUCAUGUGCUCAUGGACUGCUGUCUGCAAGAGAAAACAUUUAAUGCUUUCUAUGCAGUGCUGGGAGAGAAAUUCUGUACCCAUGAUCGUCGCUUUCAGAUGACAUUCCAGUUCAGCCUAUGGGAUAAAUUCAGGGAGCUUGAAAACCUGUCUAACAGCACAUUCAACAAUCUUGUACAGCUCGUUACCUGCUUUCUGCAGAGAAAGUGUCUACCUCUCUCUAUACUGAAAGUAAUUGAAUUUGGGGAACUGGACAAACCCAAGGUGCGUUUCCUGCGUCAAAUAAUGACCAAGCUUCUGAAGGAGACAAAACCUGAGGAUUUGACUAGUAUUUUUGGAAAGAUCUCUGGAAUCUCCAAGUUAGGAAUGCUGCGGGAGGGCUUGAAGCUUUUCAUCAGCCACUUUGUGCUGAAGAAUGCCCAGUCCCAGGGGCCAGCUGAGCAAGUAGCACAGCUGUCAGAGCGAGCCCAGGUCGCCACCAGAGCUAUGGAGGCCAAAGAGGCCAAGCUCAAACUGUAAAACCUGUGUUCUCACACUGCUCAGGUUGGAAAACUGUUGGAUACCACUGUAUCUGUAAGCAGCACAAUAACAUAUCGACUUUCACAAAUGGAUAUUCAGAAUUUCUUUUUUAAUAAACCCCUUUUGUCCCCUGGCCACUGCCAUUGUGACAUUAACAAUA